CGUCCAACUCACAGAGAGAACGCAGUAACCAGCGCAGGUCGUUAUGUGAGCGAGACACAUCGAAGAGAGGAGAUACCCUUCCAAUGAGGUAGCCUGACGAAUCAAGUAGAGCCCUCGAGUUUUGCGUGACAUUUCGAACAAGUUGGAAAAAACAUCAAAGAAAACACCAUCUAUUUCUCCUGCUGCCAGUUGACAGGAAUAAUACUGGUGCCGUUGUGGACAGCCGAGCAGAGCCCUAGAUCUUUCAUGUGAUGGGGAAAGGAACAUAAUGGAAAGGUCCUAUUUAGCAGAGUGAUAGCUGGGACCUGUUGCCUGUUUGAUUCAUUAUUUCACUUGCCAUUAAGGAGGUUUCUAAAGGAUAGAACAGCCCUCUCAGCCCAUCCCUGUAGCAGCAGGACCAUGUGCCAGUGAUGACUAGCUGUUGUAUUCCAGAGGCCCACCUUGGCAGCUAGAGGAGAGGCUCCGCCCCAUCACCGUGAUGGCAGCGUUGCCGCGGUACGCCACCCCCAUGUCUGUGCCUGGCAUGUUGCUCCUCCCCCUGCUCCUGCUGCCCCUCCCCAUCGCGCUGUCCCAGAAACCCCUGCUCCUCUCCCCGCCCGACCCCACGCCCGCCUCCCUGUACCUUUCCCGGCCGGAGUGCACCCGGAGAGAGCACCCUGUGGUCACCUUCCAAGCCCUGAGUCCUUGGAUCUCUAUUUUCUCCCACCCGGGCGUGAGAGACUACUCCCAACUGACCCUUGAUCUGACCAGGAAUGAGCUGAUAGUGGGUGCAAGAAACUUCCUCUUCAGAUUGAGUCUCAACAACGUGUCUCUCAUCCAGGCAACGGAAUGGAUUCCAGAUGAUGACACCAGGAGGUCCUGUCAGAGCAAAGGGAAGACCGAGGUAGAGUGUCAGAACUACCUCCGCGUGCUACUGGUCAAUAAGACUGAGGUCAUCACCUGUGGAACCAACGCCUUCCAGCCCCUCUGUAUCACCCGGGAGGUGGGGAACAUGUCCAGUGUGUUGGAUCGUGUGAAUGGCGUGGCACGGUGCCCGUAUGACCCUCGCCAUAACUCCACGGCGGUGGUGACGGAGAGUGGUGAGCUGUUCGCCGCCACUGUCAUAGACUUUUCAGGUCGCGACCCCGUCAUCUACCGGAGCUUAGGAGGCAUGCCACCCCUUCGGACUGCCCAGUACAACUCCAAGUGGCUCAACGAACCCCAUUUCAUCUCAGCGUACGAUGUGGGUCUCUUCACCUUUUUCUUUCUGCGUGAGAACGCCGUGGAACACGACUGUGGGAAGACUGUCUACUCCCGGGUGGCCCGGGUCUGUAAGAACGACAUCGGAGGGCGGUUCCUACUGGAGGACACCUGGACCACCUUCAUGAAGGCCAGGCUGAACUGCUCGCGCUCAGGAGAGAUCCCCUUCUACUAUAACGAGCUGCAGAGCACCUUCUAUCUGCCUGAACAAGACCUCAUCUAUGGGAUAUUCACCACCAACGUGAACAGUAUAGCAGCAUCUGCAGUGUGUGCAUUUAACCUUAGCUCCAUCACCCAGGCCUUCAACGGGCCCUUCCGUUCCCAGGAGAACCCCCGCUCUACCUGGCUGCCCACCCCCAACCCCAUCCCCAACUUCCAGUGUGGGACCAUAGAUGACGACGGCGGUCCUAAUGAUGGUCUGACGGAGCGCAGCCUCCAGGACGCCCAGCGGCUGUACCUGAUGAACGAUGUAGUGCAGCCCGUCUCUGUGGACCCCUUGGUCAUGCAGGACGAUGUGCGCUUCUCCAGGCUGGUGGUGGACAUCGUACAGGGUCACGACACCCUCUACCACGUCAUGUACAUCGGCACGGAAUACGGCACCAUCCUGAAGGCCCUGGCCACCAACAAUAAGAGCCUUCAGGGGUGUUACCUGGAGGAGAUCCAGCUCCUCCCCCCUGGGGUGCGGGAGCCAAUCCUGAACCUGCAGAUCCUUCACAGUGAUAGGUCACUGUUUGUAGGACUCAACAACAGAGUUCUGAAGAUUCCAUUGGAGAGAUGCUCCAACUACAAGACUGAGACGCUAUGCCUGGAGGCACGGGACCCCUACUGUGGCUGGGACAGAAAACAGAGAAGCUGCACCACUCUAGAGGACAGCUCCAACAUGAGCCAGUGGAGUCAGAACAUCACUGUGUGUCCGCUGAGGAACCAGACCACCAAUGGCGUCUUUGGACCCUGGACGACGUGGCAACCAUGCAGCAAUGACGAUGGCGAUGGCACCAGCUCCUGUCUGUGUCGCUCCAGGGCGUGUGACAAUCCCUCUGCUCGUUGUGGAGGGAGGAACUGUGAGGGGUCCACCAUCGAAGUCUCCAAUUGCUCCAGAAACGGAGGAUGGACACCAUGGUCGUCAUGGGGACAGUGCAGCACCACCUGUGGAACAGGGUUUGAGAUGCGCCAGCGCUCCUGCAACAACCCCUCGCCCCGACAUGGGGGACGUGUGUGUGUGGGCCCGGUCAGGGACGAGAGGUUCUGUAACGAGGGUGUGUCGUGUCCCCAGCCUAUCUUCUGGUCCCUAUGGGGUGCCUGGGCUAAGUGCAGUGCAGAGUGUGGAGGAGGGGUCCACUCCAGGGUCAGAAGCUGUGAGAACGGGAACAGCUGCCCAGGCUGCGCAUUGGAAUACAAGGCUUGUAACCUUGAGGCGUGUCCAGAGGUGAAGAGGAACACCCCUUGGACCCCGUGGAUGCCUGUCAACGUGACGCUGGGCGGAGCACGCCAAGAGCAGAGGAUGCGCUACAUGUGCCGCGCCCAGCUGGCAGACCCCCACGAGCUGCAGAUUGGACGACGCAAAGUAGAGACCCGCUUCUGCCCCAACGACGGCAUGGCCACCUGCGAGACUGACACUCUGGUGGAGGACCUCCUGAGGACCCCUGUGGUACGAGUGGCGGGCUCCGGCUGGUCAUCAUGGGAGACGUGGUCCACCUGCUCCCAGGACUGUGCCAAAGGGUACCGUACCCGCAAGCGCACCUGUGCCACGCCAGAGGGCAAGGUUGCCCCCCCAGCCUGCAGGGGUUCGCCCGUAGAGUACCAAGACUGCAACUCUCAGGCCUGCCCAGUGAGUGGAGCCUGGUCCUGUUGGUCGUCUUGGUCUCAGUGUUCGGUACCCUGUGGUGGAGGGCACUAUCAGCGUACCCGCUCCUGUAACAACCCCAGCCCUGUCAACGGAGGAGAUAUCUGUAUUGGCCUACACACUGAGGAAGCGUUGUGCAACACACACACCUGUGACGACUGGUGUGGGGAGAUCAGAGAGCACGAGGAGCAGCUUCGGCAGCCUGUGACUGAAAGGCUGACUGAUAGGAGAGGCGGCUGGAUGGCCUGGUCUCUGUGGUCAGCAUGUGAUGACGUAGGGCUGCAGGUACGCAGCCGGGUCUGUGGGGCUCAAGGCGCCGCCCCCUGUGUGGGAAACAGCACUGAGCACAGGGACUGCAACGAGAUUCCAGUGAUUCUCCCUGCGUCUGGCUUUGAUAAGGACCAGCAAUGCAGAGCUUUCACCUCUCUGCACCUGAUAGCCACAGGCGUGUCUUGUUUCCUGGGGGCGGGCCUUCUGUCCUUCCUGGUCUAUGUGUACUGCCAGCACUUCCACAAGCCCUCGCAGGAGUCUGCCGUCAUACACCCAACCACACCCAACCACCUCAACUACAAGGGCAACACCACACCAAAGAACGAGAAGUACACGCCCAUGGAGUUCAAGGUAUUGUCACAGACUCUGAACAAGAACAACCUGCUCCCAGACGAGAGGUCUAACUUCUACCCAACGCCCCUGCAGCAAACUAACGUUUACACUACCACCUACUACCCCACAGCGCUGGGCAAAUUCGACUACAACAGGCCUGACUCCUCCCCUUCCCCUUGCAGGACCUAUAAUCACAGCUGAGACACACACCCCAAGGACCCCAGCCCCACCUACCUUAUCCAGACUGAACUCCACCCCCAUCGCCAUGGUGACAAAUGCCAUGGUGACUGAACACAACCUAAGACCUGGAUCUCAUUUUUGCUCUCCUUUCCUUUAUCCCAUGGUAUCGCCAAAAUGGUGGGGUGUGUGUGUGUAAGGGUAUACCUGGAACGUACUAUCAGCACUCUGUAGGGGUGGAUACAGUAUGGAUACUGAUGCCUCCCCUAGACUCACUAACUAGAGCCAGGAACCUGAUCCUGGUACUGGACAUCACAGUGUCAACGUAGUGCUUUGAUGGAGAGCUGAAUGAUGAACUCCAUAAGACACUAUAAGCUACAGUAUGGAUUUGGACAAUGACUUAUCCCUGUGGAACUUGACAACCUGAUCGCCUUUCUGUGGGUGUUGUGCUAUUCAGAGAGGCUAGAGGUGGCCUUAAGAGAUACUCAAAAUGGCCACAUCUUCUCCUCUCUGGUCUGUCUGGUCACCUCUAUGAAUGAGUCUCUAUGACACCAACAUCCCCUCUGUCUGCAGCUUUUAUCCCCAUUCUAAACUCUGAAUUCUCCCAACAACAAGUUACCGGGAACAUCCCAACCGGCACAUAUCCUGGUGUCUGUCCUUGCUUCAGUGCGGUGGUUGCAAAUCAUGAGGAAACCAAAAAAAUUACUAAAUUAAUUCAAGAGAUCAGGAGGCCAAUAUCAGUUCUAUUGUGUUUGGAGGUGGAUGGAUGAAUGCACUCAGCUCACCUCAUCACAUGACAUGAGGAGGACAAGAACCUGGGACUUCAGCUCUGCCAUGUUUUGGGGUGGUACUAGAGGACCAGGGGAACAGAGGCACAUCCAUGGAUGGCAGCGUGUGAUCGGUUAUGGACAAAACACUACCUAUAUUGGUCCACACAGAUACAGACAUACUCAUUGCUGGAUAGACUCUAGUUUUAAUCUGCUUAUGUCCAAACAAGGCCCCACACAUCAGGCUGCCUAGCUGUGUUAUGUAAUGUAUAGGUAGGCUUCCCAGGGAAUGAUCUGAACAUGGGAUAGAGAUCUGAGGUGUCUGACUGAGAGAGUUGGAAUCAGUUGACGGGAUAUAGUUGGUACAGCUUUGGGUUGCCUCGGGUGCCUGUCUGUAUGCAACAGAGGGGAUAAUGUGGGGUCAGAUUAUAUAAAGACUUCUAGAAGGGAAUUCCCUUGAUUCUAGAAUGAAAUGGAUGCAUUCUACUGAGCACUGUACCUACCUACUACCGCUCAGUGUGCAAAACUGGACUGCAACCGCAUUUUGAUAUGCUAUCAUACAAGCUAGGAUAAUAAGCUAGUAGUGUGGCACCUUUUUUUAAGUGGUUAUGUUAUGAGGGAGGUUAUUUGUUUAAUGCUAGAGAGAGAGAGAACAGUAGUAUAGGAGGAAAAGUUUUAUUUCACAAAUAAUAGCUGAUUCACUUUUUAGUUUCUCAUCAGUUUCACAUCACAAAAUACAUAAUUUUUACAUUUUUCAAAGCAGCUUAGUAGCCAAUGUGUAUCUGACAUAUUUUACAAAUAAGAACAAAAAAAUCAAACACAGAUUCAUGUAGAAGCAAAUAUAAGUCUGACUGUAGCAAAUAUUAAUGGAUCCCUCUCUUAACAUUGCUAAAUCAUGCUUAGAAAUACUGGUAUGAGAUUAAUGUUUUGCUUGUAUGUGUAUGUUUGUUUGCUUUGUAUGUGUAUGUUUGCUUGCUUCGUAUGUGUAUGUUUGCUUGCUUCGUAUGUGUAUGUUUGCUUGCUUCGUAUGUGUAUGUUUGCUUGCUUCGUAUGUGUAUGCCUGUGAGCUUGAAUGAGGAGAGGAACAGACAACUCUGUAUGUAUUUUGUACAAUGUAAAUGUAAUGCUUUAUUACAUAUGACUGUAUAUGACGGGAUCUGUAAAGGACUAUGUGCAUUUUUUCACACAUUAUGAUGAUGGCACUCCUGACGUUCCGCUGGGUUUCUGUGUGUUCCACGUAUAAGAUGUUUAAUCAUUGUAAGUUUAAGGAGAGCUGCACGGUUCUCAUGGGGAAGCUUGGAUCAUAAAGGAAUUUGAGAAACACAACUGAGCUAUAUUUUCUUAUUAUGCCUGAUGUUAUGCUAAUUCAGCAGCGAUGCUUCUAGUUCCUCUCAUAGAAAUAGAAGGAUUUUAUUCUAUCAUUCUAAUUCUAUAGUUCCGCUAUAUGCACGAGAGCUCUAUCUGUACAUAAGAGACAGCCUUCGAUCUGCAGACCAUUAAUGACAUCUAAAGGUUAGUAUAAUGUAAAUGUAUAUUAUUGUAUAGCUAACACUGUUUUUUGUUUUGUUUGUUUUGUUUGAAGCCUUAUAGUUGUAAAAAAGUGCAGCAGCUAUGUACACACCAACCAUGGGGUUUGUAAGGGGAUAGAGCUUUUCAAUGUGACUGGUUGACUACGGCCUAUACAUCUUUUCCAGGGAUGUAUUCAUUCCACCGAUUCUGUUGCAAAAUGUUUCGCAAACGGAAUGAAACGAAGAGGGACGUACAUGAAUUUGUCCAAUAAAAACUCUUGUUUUUCUCUUUUAGCUUUCCAUUUGGGUCUUAAACGGUUUCCGUAAUGAAUACACAACAGCUGUUUUGUUACGUUGUGCAGAUGUACAGUUUGGCUACAUCUUGUGUAGUAUCUUAGAGUAACAAAGACAGCCCAUCGUUUUAGAGGCACUUGUGCCAGUUUAAUACAGAAUCAAUGUCACCACCACAAUAAAACAUUUAUAAUUAAAAGACCUACCUUAAUAAAACAUGUAAAAUAAGAACUUGAUACAGCAAAUGUACAACAAAGAGUUAUGUAAAUUAGAUAAAAGUACUUCUGCUGUUUAGAGGACUUAAAGUAACACUUCCAUCCUGUGGUUUUCCUUUUCCACACAUGCCUCACCCACGUUUCUUGGGUUUGUAAUUGGCUCCCCCUAAAUGGUGACUCCCUCUAAUUUGCUUCCCCUGGCCCUGUAGUCACUUUUGAUUGGACAAGCUGGAUGUCACAUUGUGGAGCUCUGUCCCCUGAUUGGCUCGGUGCCCUUCUAUGCAACUGACCUGGUGGUACUGUUAGAUAUGUGACAUAGACUGUAAUCACUGCCUUUUAGACACUGUGAAUUUUUUGGUACUCUAUAUUUUUGUAUAUUGUACAUUAUAAAGGAUAAUAAACCUUGAUGCCAACA